ACUGAACUGGUGUGGCCUGAGGACAGGUAUUGUGCCUGUUACUAUAGCACCACCUCGCACAGCUCUCAGUAUGGAAGGAGGGAGGGAGGGAGGAGGGAGGUAGGCAGGGAGGAUGAGCCCUGGCAAGGCAGCGUGAGGUGUACAGAUGCACGGUGGAGCUGCUGCAAGUGUGCUGCCGAGACCCUGAGCACUGCCAGGGGUUCCACACUACGGCUCUCCCGAACUGGCCUGCUGCUUGGGAAGAUCUGCUCUGAAUUCUUCUUUCUGUUUUCCUUUCUUGAGCAACUGGUUGUCAUUUUAGGGAUCACCAAGGGGACCGGCGCAGGCUCCUGAGUCUGGCAUCGAGAAAUAUGACAGCAGAACUGAGCGCUUGUUAACGUCAGGGAUUUCCUGAGGAAAAAGGACAAAAUGCCUUUCAAAGGGUUUGAUUCACUGAAGGAAAGAUUUUUUAACCCAGGAAAGGAAGAGGUGAAGAACACCGUUAGCGACUCGCUGGGGAAUCUGCGAAGGAAAAUCGAUGGCACCAACAUCGAGGAAGAUCACAUUGAGCUGACAGAAGAGGGGAGGCCUGUGCAGGCCAGCGCCCGCAAGUCGCAAGUGUGUGACUGUUACUGCUGUGGACUGCCCAAGCGCUACAUCAUCGCCAUCAUGAGCGGCCUGGGCUUUUGCAUUUCCUUUGGAAUUCGGUGCAACCUGGGUGUUGCCAUCGUGCAAAUGGUGAACAAUAGUACUAUUGUUAUUAAUGGCAAACCAGAGCUGCAGAAAGCCCAGUUCAACUGGGAUCCUGAGACAGUGGGACUCAUACACGGCUCUUUCUUCUGGGGUUACAUUGUGACACAAAUUCCAGGAGGUUUCAUUGCAAACAAAUUGGCUGCUAACAGGGUGUUUGGAGCAGCUAUUUUUCUAACAUCUACACUGAACAUGUUCAUCCCUUCUGCAGCAAGAGUACAUUACGGCUGUGUGAUGUUUGUAAGAAUUCUGCAAGGUCUGGUGGAGGGCGUCACCUACCCAGCCUGCCAUGGGAUGUGGAGUAAAUGGGCUCCUCCACUGGAGAGAAGCAGGUUGGCAACGACAUCGUUCUGUGGGUCAUAUGCAGGUGCAGUGGUUGCCAUGCCAUUGGCAGGAGUGCUAGUACAGUAUAUAGGAUGGUCAUCAGUCUUCUAUAUUUAUGGAAUGUUUGGGAUUGUUUGGUACAUGUUCUGGCUGCUUCAUGCCUAUGAGAGUCCAGCUGCACACCCAACAAUAACCAGAGAAGAAAGAGUAUAUAUAGAAACAAGUAUUGGAGAAGGAGCCAGCCUUGCUAGUGCAGGCAAAUUUAGUACUCCCUGGAAAAGAUUUUUCACUUCAAUGCCAGUUUAUGCAAUCAUUGUGGCUAACUUUUGUAGAAGUUGGACCUUCUAUUUGCUCCUUAUAAGUCAGCCUGCUUACUUUGAAGAAGUCUUUGGAUUUGCGAUAAGUAAGGUUGGCCUUUUGUCUGCAGUUCCCCACAUGGUCAUGACAAUCAUUGUGCCCAUUGGAGGGCAGAUAGCUGACUUCUUACGGAGCAGGAAGAUUUUAACUACUACCACUGUAAGGAAGGUCAUGAACUGUGGAGGCUUUGGGAUGGAAGCAACCUUGCUUUUGGUGGUUGGCUAUUCUCAUACAAAAGGCGUGGCUAUUUCUUUUCUGGUGUUAGCUGUAGGUUUCAGUGGCUUUGCAAUUUCAGGAUUCAAUGUGAAUCACUUGGACAUAGCCCCACGUUAUGCCAGCAUCCUCAUGGGGAUCUCCAAUGGUGUGGGGACGCUGUCAGGCAUGGUGUGCCCACUCAUCGUUGGUGCAAUGACAAAACACAAGACUCGUGAAGAAUGGCAAAAUGUCUUUCUGAUCGCAGCCCUGGUGCACUACAGUGGAGUAAUAUUCUAUGCUAUUUUUGCUUCUGGGGAGAAGCAGGAAUGGGCUGACCCUGAAAACCUGAAUGAAGAGAAAUGUGGUAUAAUUGAUCAGGAUGAAUUGGCUGAAGAAACUGAAAUGAACAAUGAAACUUUUGUAAGUGCAAAGAAAACAUACGGUGCUACCAGUCAAAACAGUGAAAUACAGAGAAGGGAAUGGAGAAAGCAAAAGCAAAUGAUUCAAGACACGGAAGAACAGACUUCUUACCAUUAUGAAAAUGGGAAUUUUCAAGAUUUGUCAUAAAUACUUGAAAUUCUAAGGUUUGUAUAGCAGCUAUUCCCAUCUUCCCUUCUGCAUAACUACCCCAAAUCAUCUGGUAUCCAUAUUUAUUUUCUGAUUCAAUUGUGUAAUGUCUGUCCUUGUGGCUAGACAUGAGGGGUAAUACUUGCUUUCUAAUACUAUGGAAGAGAUCUAACAACAAUGGGACAGGGAGAAUUGACACUAAAUCUUCACUUUGCCACUGGAUUCCCUUGGACAGAGCUCCUGUACCUGUUCAAUGGUUGGUACUGGCAGAGCUUCUGACUUGUGUGAGCCUAUGACUGUUGGAACAAGGAGCAGCCUUUUAUUCUCAUCUGAACAGACAACGGAAAAGAUCAUAUAAGAUGGUGGAUCCACACUGAUGUAUGUGAUUAGUGGGGCACACAAAUCUGCCCUGAGUAGCACUGCUUUGCCAUUUGAAGAUUCCUGUAGAUUAACAUUUGAGCUGCUUAACCCAUGUCAAACUGAAAACUGCAAAAGAUCAAAGUGGAGGGAAAAAGAUUUAUGACAUGAGGCUAUAACCAGUAAUGGUCACUCAACUACAGGAAGCUAACAUGUAGCAGAGAUGGCACAGUAUUGCUUCAACAUUUCCCUAAAAUUGAUUGUCAAUCUGCUUUGUAGGUAUAAUCCACAGGGUCUGGAUGAGGCAAUUAAAUGGAUACUUGUAAGAUUUGCCCCCCUUUAAAGGUUUUGUGCUGGCAUGAAAUAAUUUUGAAUAUAAAAUCAUCUUUAGUGGUGCAAUAUUAUAAAUCCUUAUGAAAGGAAAUAAUUGUCCUGCUGGGAUUAGAUUUCUCACUCAAUUAAUUAUUGUGAAGUAAUUUAAAUAUAUUUUUCUAGUAUUAUACUGAUAGAGUUCCUGGACUCAACCCCAAUAGCCCUUAUUUAGAUGAAUAAGCCUAUUUAGAUGAGUAAAGUCUUUAGUUCUGGAUCUACAACUUUUUCUUCAUCAAUGCCACAGUCUCACUGUUGCAAAAGAUGUAGUACUGUAGUAUCUGAGAGAUAGCAGUAUACCUAUGUCUAUAAGUAAUUUUCUUUUUCUAUAGGUAUAUAUUUUACAGCAUAGUGUGGCUUUAACUUUUUUCAAUGAUUAUUAGAAUCAGACAGUGGAACAUGCCAUAUUAUGCUGCAACUCAGAUGCAUUGUGACAUUAAUAUUCAUUUCAGAAUGGAGAAUUUCAGUAAGAUAUGAUUUAAUUUGUAUUACGUUAUUAUCACUGCCUCAUUAAAUUCAAAUGAAAGCUAUCCUCUCUAGUCUACAAUGUGCUUUGUGACAUUUCAGUACUAUUGUUCUCAUAUACAGACACUGUGAUGCACACAAGGUGACAACAUCUCUGAUACUCAUUUUACUGCUUUGUAGAAGCACAGUUGAAUGCCAUGAGUGGAACAUUUGUACAAUCAUUUGAAUCUGUGGAUGAUUUAUCUUUCCUACAAGUGUAACUAAACAGGGAGAACCUGAAAUCAUCUAAUUCUCUUCAGAUGUCUCUGGUUCCUUUUCUACCCAGCUAAAUCCAAUAUACAAGAGUAUAUGUGGCUUCACUGAGGAAUUUUAAACUGAUAAUUUAAUGAUACAGGUAUUGCUGCGGUGCAGAGCAAUCCUACCUUGGCACAAUGCAGUUUGUUAACAAACUAUUUAAAAAAAAAACCUCCAAUCUUUAUAACUUUAUUUUAUUAGGGCGGAAUAUAAUAUUUUCUCAAAAUCUUAAUCUUCAGCUUGGACUUCUUACAGGUUAUAAUCAACAUCUGGGAUUUAAGUGGCAGGAAGUGGUCAGAUGUUCCCACCAGAAUAUCAAAACAGAUGAACAUGAUGAUGUUAAACUAUUUUGUAUCUGCAAACAGACUACAUUGAUUUAAUUCAGUGGUGGUUUGACUUCAGUGGACAGUUGGGCAUUAUUUGAUGCCUUGAAAGAAAUGGUUAAAAACUUGUGGAUGAGCUUUUGCACUUAAGUAAGUAUUUUCAUUCUUUUCUAAGUGUAACUGCUGCCAGGGGUAGAAUAUAGUAUCUGAGUAGCUGAAGUUAUUUACAGACCACAAUGCUUCUCUAGGCAAUCACAGUAGGAUACUGGGGCUUUCUCCCUUUCUUUUUCAACUGUUUUAAAUUGCUCAGAUGUAUUGCAUAAAAUGUAAACAGUAACACUACUUGGAAGUUACUUUUCUUUCCUGGAAAUCUUUGAUAGUUAAUCAAGUGUUUGAUCUACUCGGUGGCUUCCACAAUACCGUAUGUCUGAGUAUGAAGCCAUUGUAUUGGGAUUAAACAGGCUUCCAGGAUCCUGAAUCUCUUUAUCUGCAACUCGCUUCAAGAGCGAUCCCUUGCAGGAUCUGAGAGUGCAAUCACUGCGUUGUUUCUUCUAAAAGUGUCUUCUUAAAAUAUGUUAGAAUAUGAAACAUUUAAAGAAUAAAGGAAACUACUGGCACAAUCCAACCUGACUCCUAAAAUGUCAUAGCUCUAGGCUAAUGGAUGCGAAUAACCCAAAGGAGGGACAUUGAUUAAACUCCAGUAACUGCAUAUUUUUCUGUCCUUGUGUCAAAAAUAACGUCUUCAUGUUUCCCAACAUAAGAUAGAACUCAUACACACAGUGUUUGAUUUGAAAAAUGUUUUCUGCUUGUAGAUGGAAGAAAAUUUGAUUUGUAUUGGAAAAGAGAUCGCCAUCAAGCUUUCUAUCAUUCAUCUCUUAUCAAUGUGAAUUGAUAAACACAGGCCACAGAAUAAGAAUUUAAAUAUGAGAAGAAAAAGUAGGACAGCAAGUCUUAGGUGUAGGUUGUUCAAACCAACCACUGGCCUUUCUUAACAAAACUGCAGUUAUAAUUCCUUGGCACCUGUUUUUUUCCGAAUACAAAUAGCAGAAGUUUUAAUAUUUACUAACUUAAUAUUCCUCUUAUAUUUAUGUAAGAGUUAAAUAAAUUUUUCCCUAUAGUGAGAAGGGAAAAAAUAAUGACAGAAACAAUGAAAAUUCACCUCAGUAGAAACUUAUACAGGGAAAUAAUCACUUGGUCCAAAAAAUCAUGCAGACUUCUGGGUAAAAUAUAUAACAAGGGAUCCAGAUGUUAACAAAGUGCCAGGAGGAGUGUCAUGUGUGUAACAUAAUUAAUUUGAAAGGAGCACAACAAAAAUUAAUUCAAGGUUAUGCAAAUUGUGUCAUGAAAGUACUUCCAAUUGACUCCUGAUGUCAGAUAGUUAUUUUUAAGUUUAGUCAUAACAUUGAGGAUUUUUUAAAUAAAAAUUUUGUAAAAAAAACAAACAGAAUUACUUCCCAUUUUCCUUUAAAGAUGAUAAUUAGAAAAGUUCUACUUAACUAUUUGUAUUUUAAGAAAGAGGAGUGAGCAUUCUGUGUGGUGAAAAAGCAGAAAGGGAAAAAGAGAAAAAAUGAAUGCAAGUUGUAGCUGAAAGCCAAUGCAGAUAGAGGGAUGAGGAAGGACCAGAAUUCAGCAUUCAAAUCCUGGAAACAGAACUCGAAGUUUUGCAGAUUUUUGAGUUUGAAGCCUAUAAGAUGGUUCAAGACCUGAUGUCCUGCACAGUCUCAAAGUUCAGCAAUCUCCUUCAAAGUUUAAAUCGCAUUAGAUCAGGAAGAAAUAAAUGGAGAGAUUCAAAACUCCCCAUUCUUAUGCCAUCUGAAUGUCUAUAUGAUACAGAUAACACUACUUACACCAUAUAGAUCCAUAUGUAUAUACAGAAGUCUGGUAGGCUUCUUUCUAAAAGUGCUUUUAAUUACACACAUACCAACAGCAAUUAUAUCUUAACAUCCAGUUAAUAACAAUGUUUAGACGUGACAGCAAAAAAAUGUCCUUUCUUAUCUCAAACUUUUUGGAUUUUAGUAGUUAUAAUGCUUACUAUUCUUAGAGCUCUUUUAUAUGCAGAAUUAUAUGAGGAAAGAAAGGAAUUCGUGUAAGAAAUGAAGUAAGAGUUGUUUUCUUCCAUGCUGAAAUAUCUUGGAAAUAAAAUGAGAGCCAACACGCUUUUCCUGAGAGCAUACCAUUUGGAUAUUUUAAUCCUUCAUCAUAACAAAAGCUUGACUCAUUUAACCUCUCAUUGAGUAUAUCUGCAGCAGUCAACAGACUAUAUUUGUUCAUUUACAACUAGAUUUAUCUGAUCAACAAAGCCAGAGCUCAGAACUGUGGUAUAGGAAAUUGGCAUCUACUUUUAUCCUUGUUUUAGGCUCAGUAGUUCUACCUGCACAAAAAAUCUAGAUUUUCUUUGAGCAGAUCAUGGCUGCUUUGGUAAAUAAGUGUUAGGCAAAAAUUGGAACUCAUGAAAAAUACAUCUCCGUUAGCUCAAAGUUUUUUAUUUUUUUUUCCUUUUGAGCACCAACUCAGGAAAAGAAAAACUUUCAUAAAAACAGUAAAUAUUUAAGGCAGCCAAUAAAAACAGUUCUCCUCUCAAGAACUGGUAGUCAUCAUUAGCACUGUGCCAGGUGUUUUUUGUCUGCUGGGCACAGGAGUAAUGAAUGGCAAAGGAAUUAGUCAGAGAAACUUGCUGAUGUAAGUAAGCAAUGCUGUAAGAUAAGGGCAGUGAGGCUUUCUCUUGCUUUAGGGAGAGGACUUUGAUCCUAUCUGCUUGUUCCCUUCAAUCUCCCUGCAUAUGUAAUAAUAAAAAAAAAGUCUGUAUGUCCUGAGACACUCGGUCUAAUUCUUGGCAGUGAUCAGUAGUUUGUACUGAUAGAAAUUUACACAGCUUAGAAGUAGUUUAUGAGUCCCUCCUGACUCAUGAUGGGUAAGGGGAAAUCAUAGUACCAAAGGGUAACCUGAAUUUAGAAGAGAAGAACAUUAACAGUAAGAGGAAAAACAAGAGAAGCACAGUCAACACUGAUGUGCCUAUUGUUACUCCUGUGGUACAACACAACUGUAUGGGGCAGGCAGAAGCCACUUGGAGAGCCCUAGAAGAUAGGUUUUCCCUUAGCAAGGGAAUGCAAUAUCCUCUGUCCUGCACAGUUCACUCCCUGGUUCCUAUUGCUCUAUACUAGCUAAUGGAUACACUUCACAUGGCUGUGGGCACAGCACAGAGAAGAAUAGCUGUGUUUGUGCUGGACCUCAUCCUUACUGUAUAUUU